GUACACGUAAGUACAUACACGUCAUUACACGUUGUUGACUGCAGCCUACUGUCGCUAUAAUCAGUUGUAGCGUGAUCGACUUAAUCUGUUCGUUGCAUCAUUCAAGUUGAACAUCUUUAAAGUAAGAAUUUGUAUGAAUAUUACAUCUUCAAUAUACCAUAUACAGCGUAUUUAAUGUUUAGUAAAUUAAGAAAAAUCGGCAGCAUUUAUACAAUAUAAAGGGAAAAAAGAAUUACAGUUACUGUCAAAAAGAAAGAUGACCGAAAAGGAACCCUUACAGCUGUUGCCGGAUACAAUUUAUACAUCGCAGAAGAAUGGAAACGACGAGACAGGCGAUGGUACUGAAUCUAAUCCUUUCAAGACGAUUUUACAAGCAAUGCGGUAUGCAAGCAAGGAACCGUUUCCACCAAUCUGUCAAGAUUCUAACGAGAACGGGAAAAAAUAUGAGCUAGUAUCUAAAUCUCAGUUAAAGAAGGUACAAAAAAUUUGGGUAAGAGAACAAUAUAAGAGUGAGGAGAAGCAAAAAAAAUUAUUGGAGGAUGAAGAGAAAAGGUUGAAGAACUUGGAAGAGGCUAAAACGAUUGUAAUAGAAGAAGACAGUAGCUUGCCAACCGCAAUUCGUAUAAAAAUUCGAGAAAGUGUGAACCAUCGAGAUGAACGAGUAAAGCUAUUUGGAUGGGUUCAUAGGCUUAGACGUCAAGGUAAAGCACUUAUGUUUAUUACACUGAGAGAUGGAACAGGAUUUCUGCAGUGUGUUCUUAGCGAUAUCUUAUGUCAGAUAUACGAUGCAUUGACAUUAUCCACGGAAGCUUCUAUAGAAGUAUUUGGAACUCUCAAGAUUGUACCAGAGGGGAAAAAUGCUCCAAACGGACACGAAUUGCACGUUGAUUAUUGGAGAUUAAUAGGAGCAUCUCCUCCUGGUGGUGCAGAUUCAAUUUUAAACGAAGAGGCCCUUCCCGAUGUGCAGUUAGACAACAGACACAUCAUGAUUCGUGGUGAAAAUACAUCUCGUGUAUUAAUCAUAAGGUCUACAUUGCUGCAGGCAUUUAGAGAUUAUUACAGGGAACAAGGUUACUGUGAAGUGACACCACCAACUUUGGUACAAACACAGGUAGAAGGUGGAUCGACUUUAUUUAAAUUAGAUUACUUUGGAGAAGAGGCAUAUUUGACUCAAAGCUCGCAGCUUUAUUUAGAAACUUGCAUUCCGGCACUAGGCGAUGUAUAUUGUAUCGAACAAUCUUACAGAGCAGAGCAAUCUAGGACUCGAAGACAUCUUGCAGAAUAUACACAUGUAGAAGCAGAAUGUGUAUUUAUCACAUUCGAAGAUCUACUCGAUCGUUUAGAGGAUUUAAUAUGCGAUGUGGUUGAUCGUGUUCUUAAGUCACCCCUUGGAUAUCUGGUCGAAGAAUUGAAUCCUGAUUUUCAAGUACCAAAGAAACCGUUUAAGAGGAUGUCUUACACCGAUGCUAUCGAGUACCUUCGAGCUAAUAAAAUAACUAAAGAAGAUGGGACGUUUUACGAAUUUGGCGAAGACAUUCCAGAAAUGCCUGAGAGAAAAAUGACUGAUAUGAUAAAUGAACCGAUAAUGUUGUGUAAAUUUCCAGCAGAAAUUAAAUCAUUCUAUAUGCAACGUUGUGCGGAUGACAAACGUCUGACAGAGUCGGUGGAUGUACUUUUACCGAACGUUGGUGAGAUAGUUGGAGGUUCGAUGCGUAUUUGGGAUUACGAUGAAUUGUUGAAAGGUUAUUCUGCAUCAGACAUUGAUCCAAAGGCAUAUUAUUGGUACACGGAUCAGCGAAAGUACGGAACUUGCCCUCAUGGCGGAUACGGAUUAGGUCUAGAACGGUUUCUAUGUUGGCUUUUGAAUAGAUACCACAUACGGGAAGUGUGUCUUUAUCCACGUUUCUUGGAACGUUGUCGCCCUUAGGCUUAUACAUGUUAUUCUUACCUAUCGGAUAUAUAAGUACCUCCAUCGUUAGCGUACAAUUAUGUUGAAGAACUGUUGAAAACAGCCUGCAGAAGCAUU